AUAUAUGUGGGGACCCUCACUAAAUCAGUGAAACUGGUCAAAGGAUUCUCCCUGACAACAAGCAUUCUUGCAGUUGCUCUUGUACCAGUUUUAUAUAAAAAUUUUCAGUUAGAUACUAGUGGUGGUGUAAUGGCUGCUGUUGCUAUGGGGAUGAAUUUUUUCAUCUUCCUGACUCCAGUUAUGCUGCAUUUUCUUACAAAAAGAUAUGUCACUAGCAUGUAUUACAAUCCAAAUAAUAAUAUUUUCACUGCCACUACGAUCAAUUUAUUUCUCCAAACGAAGACACACAAAUUUUCAUCUAGUUCAAUUUCAAUACCUAAGCCUUCCCCGUUUACGAGUGUCAUCGUCAAUAAGAAGACACCUCUGCUCGUGGACCCCACCUUGUUCGUGGACAAGGAUGCCAUGAUGUUGUUUUAUAAAUGCGAUGAGUCAGUUGAUUUUGAGAUGGGCAAUAUGUCUGAAGAUGUAGAGAAGAAAAAUAAG